AUGGCUCCUACCAAUGCCAACAUGGAGAGUCCAGCAGUUCAGUAUAUGAAGCUAGAUAUUUCAGCUGGUCUUCAGUAUACACCAAAAUACCAGGAAGUAGCCUCUAAUGCUGCUAAAGGAAUGAACUUGGUAGCCUGUGCUAUGAAUGCAGUGACCUAUAAUGAUGUACAUGUUGACAUCACUCAGAAAGAGUGGGAAUUGAUGGAUCCUUCACAGAGGAAUCUCUACAAAGAUGUGAUGGUGGAGACCUAUAUGAACCUCACAGCUAUAGGUUACAAUUGGGAAGAUUUUGAAGUUGAAGAACAUUGUCAAAGUUCUCUAAAACAUGGAAGGCAUGAAAGAAGUCAUACUACAGAGAAAUCAUAUGAAUAUAUUGAGUGUGGUAAAUCCUUUGAAUAUCAUAGUCAUCCUCAAAGGCAUGAAAAAACACAUACUGGAGAGAACCCCUAUGAAUGUAAUCAAUGUGGUAAAGCCUUUACACAGCCAUAUAUUCUUCAAGUACACAAAAGAAUACAUACAGGAGAGAAACCCUAUAAAUGUAAUCAGUGUGGUAAAGCCUUUGCUCAACACAGUGCUCUUUAUUUGCAUGCAGGAACACAUACUAGAGAGAAACCCUAUAAAUGUAAACAAUGUGGUAAAGCUUUUGUAUAUUCUAGUCAUCUUCAAGUACAUAAAAGAACACAUACUGGAGAGAAAUCCUUUGAAUGUAAACAAUGUGGUAAAGCUUUUGUACAUUCCAGUCAUCUUCAAGUACAUAAAAGAACACAUACGGGAGAGAAACCCUAUGAAUGUAAUCAGUGUGGUAAAGCCUUUACACAGCCAUGUAAUCUUCAAGUACACAAAAGAACACAUACAGGAGAGAAACCCUAUAAAUGCUAUCAGUGUGGUAAAGCCUUUGCUCAACACAGUGCUCUUCAACAGCAUGAAAGAACACAUACUGGAGAGAAACCCUAUAAAUGUAAUCAGUGUGGUAAAGCCUUUGCUCGACAGAGUGAUCUUCAAAGGCAUAAAAGAACACAUACUGGAGAGAAACCCUAUGAAUGUAAUCAAUGUGGUAAAGCCUUUACACAGUCAUAUAAUCUUCAAGUACACAAAAGAACACAUACAGGAGAGAAACCCUAUAAAUGUAAUCAGUGUGGUAAAGCCUUUGCUUGUCACUCUCAUCUUCAAAGCCAUGAAAGAAUACAUACUGGAGACAAAUACUAU